CGAUGGGUGUACAUGGCGGGUGGCGGGUACCCGUACGGGUAGGUGCUGAGAUUUUUCUGCAAAAACGCAUUGCAUCGUCAUGGCUGGCAAGGUGGACUCCUGAGAAAAUUCUGACUUGACUUUGAAGAGAAGGGAUUUCUCCCUGGCUACAAAACAGAGCACUCCUAAUCGGUGUUCAGACGUUUCGCUUCUCGCAGACAGAAUCUCUUCCAACAGCCAGCCCCCCUCUCAGCAAUGCCCGCGAAAUUGUUCUGGUUUUCAACUUGUGAAGCAGUAAGAGAGGCAAGCGGAGCGGAGGCUGCAAAAGCUUUUGAAGGCAGUGAUAGUGCCUCCCAGUGUCGAAGAUGGACCAUUUAGGACCCCUCCCCGUGCGGUCUUUGAAUCAUAUAUCUCGGGUGUCCAAGUCUCUGUCCCGCUCAAUAGAUUUCUACACCAAGAUAUUAGGGUUCUAUGAGGUAAAAAGGCCUGGGUCAUUAGACAUCCAAUUUGAAGGAGCCUGGCUAUUCAACUAUGGAGUUGGCAUCCAUUUGCUAAAAGACUCUACUCCAGGAAACAUGUACUUGAACACGAAGAAGGAAAUCAACCCCAAGGCCGACCACCUGUCUUUCCAGUCCGACGACCUUGGGGAGGUCGAGCGACGCCUCAAGCUGCUCGGCAUUGAGUACGUCUGUCGGUCCGUGAUCGAGGACGGGAUCGAGGUGCAGCAGCUUUUUUUCCACGACCCGGACGGCUUCAUGAUCGAGGUGUGCAACUGCGAAAACAUCCCCGUGGUGCCAUUGGGCCCCCGCUGCGGACGGCCCCUCUCGCGGCGCUUGUCGAACUCUCAGAAGCGGGCGAUGGCGAUCAACUGCGAGUUGAUUGACUCGACGAUGGAUCGGCCGUCGCCACGGUUACUUGAUGCGGCGUGUCGAGUUAGCCCCCGGCUCUCGAGCCAGAACGCUCUGCCGGGUGGUUUUAGUGAGUUAGGGUUGGCCUCGGGGGCAUUGCAAGGUGUCAGAGUCUGAAGUGGGGUCACGGUCUGAGGUGGACAGGGUAGGAAAGCAGGUCCUUGUGUUUGUGUACAGAAAAGGAUAGGUGUGAAGCAGAACCAUCUUGGUUCCGAAGAGCAGAAGAAGUCUCCAAACGAGUUUUUGACUUUGUGUACCCUAUGAUAGCGCUCGUCGGGUGUCCGCCGUACUGACAGGGAACACGCUCAAUAGACAGACAGCCGAGCUCAUGUUUAAAAGGAGCCCCAAACCGUCACUAGCAGUCUAUGCAUCAGACUUCGACUGAAAGAGUCGAAAAGUAUAGCUUCUCUAGCUGAUCUAGUUGAGACGUAUCAUCGAACUCAGUUUUUGAUUGUUGAAUCUAGCAACUGGAAAUAGUGCCCUUUGUCGUAAUGAUAGAUUGCCGGCUCCAACGUGACUUGAUAUAACGAGCCUCUCGGAGCCUCUCGGAGAGACUUUGACGACAGCCAUUAACGCAUACCGCUUUCGUGCAUCGAUGCCAAGUUUUUGACUGGACUAGCAAAUGCCAGCACGUACUGUGACCGAUCAAGGGAUAUGGAAUCACGCAAGC